GAGGAGCACAGCGGAGCAGGGAGCACAGGUCUUCUUGCUCUUACAAUGCAUUUUGUUCCAUCUCGACCAUCGACAUGCUGCAAUUUGUCCGACUGGCACAGCGAGAGUUAAUAGGAUUAUUGACAUGAUCGACUGGGGAAACAAGUGUAGUUCACACAAUGCUGCUCCACUGAUACUCAGCCUUGGUCCCCGUGAGAGGUUUGGAGUCCCAGGUAGUAAUGUUGGGUAGUAAGUCCAUCUCCUCUUGGCUUCCUGAGGUUCUCUGUGCCAUCGCGUGUCACCCGCCACCUCCUUAGUGCAUCUGAUGUGCCACCAGGAGGGGAUGUCUGCUACCCCACCUUCUUGCUUUGGCAGUCUGGACCAACCAAAGUUUUCGGCACCUUGUGUGUUGUUCACUUUGUCAGAUGUUUGAGGUCCCGUGUUGUGGGUAAGGACCACAAGUUCCAUCAUGAAGACCCCUAUACCGCAUUUAACCAAGAAGCUGUAUGUACGGUAACCUUUGUAUUGAUGCAUAACGCUAUGAGAAGGAACAGCCGCUGUAGUCGAUGAUGUUUUCCAGAAGGAGGUUGAAAAAGAGAGAAAAUUGUUCCACUCUCCAGCAAAAAAAAUUUCCUCUUAAAAUCUUGUUGAUAAAGUCAUCGAGAAGACAAAAAAUAGCCGUGUGCCUGAGAGAGAAAAUGAAGAGGCUGCUGCAAAGGCCUGUGGAGAAGCUGUCCACCAACCAUGACGAACAAGGUUCCCCCGUGGACAUGGCAGCCGACUUGUUCGUGUGCGGGAUAAAACGGAAAUCGAACAACGCGGAUGUGCAAGCCACUUGUGACUUCAUGGAGGUGACUGAAGACACCAAGAUGGCAAGCACCUAUUGUUCUAAAAAGGUGGAUUCCAGUUGGAACCAAAGUGUAGGAUUGACUCUCAAUCCAGAAGAACACGACAGUCAUGCCACGGAAGAGCAGAGUUCUUCUGAUGAACAGAGUUCAGAGCUGAUAUCACCUCAUGAAAGUAAUGGACUCUCUGCAGACCAGCGGGAUCUCUCCACUUUUAGUAUUACCAUGAGUUGGAAGGAGAUAACGGAAAAUAGUCAACUACUCUGCCAAAACAAUCUAUCCGAAUGCAGCCCCGGGGGAAGUUCUGUCACUAGUGACCGGUCUAAUGAUGUGGUGGAGUACAUCUUAAGAGAACUUCAGGGCAUCAGUCGCAUUCAGGCUGAGAUAGCGGAGCUCCGUCAACAUCUGAGUUUGAUAAAGGGCUCGGUGGAAGAAGUGUCCUCCUGUGUGGAUUCUGUCCUAAAUGAGAUUGAGGGUUUGCAGAUAGGAUCUUCCCCCAAAAGCCCAAUGCUUUCACCAAGUGGAGAGAUGAGUAGGGAUCCUUUAGGCAAUGAGGCUGUGUUAUAUUUUUAUGGAAUCUCAGAGCAUGAAGAUGAGAACACAUUGGAGAGGAUCCAUUGUUUCUUAUGUGACCACCAUUGUUUUAAUGGCAUCCAAAGUAGAGAAUAUAUAAAAGAGGCCUACAGAAUAGACUCUGGAUCCAAUGCAUUGUUAGGACCAAGGCCAACCUUAGUUAAACUUUCUCAUCCCGAUCACAAGGACGCUAUACUUCAAAAAUUGGACAAUUUUCAAAGAGCUGGAGUAAAAAUUGUUCCAUUUGAGGAGCACAAUUUACAAACUAGAAUAAGAGCAAAUUCUCUGUCUGUGCUUCAGCAAGGCCUAAGAGAAAAUCGCUGGAGCUCACUCAGUCUAGAUAAAGCAGUGGUGAGGACAGAUGAGAUGGUGGGUGAACGUAAAACUGAGUCAUUUAGAAUAAGAUAUCAGAACAAGAGCACUGAGGCGCCAUGCGGUGGAGAGGAAUUCCUCUUUGCACAGAAAUGCACUUUGGCCAAAAAAUGCAACAUAUCGGAUGGGGAGGUGGUCAGAGCUGAUGGGAAGGAGACCUGUGAGCAAAGCCUGGAGAAAAGUGUAAGUCAUCUUUGUAUUCGUCUUGACUCCCAAGAAUCUCAGAAAAAUCUUCAUUUCACCAACCUGCCUUCCUCUAGUGAGAAAGCCUCUUGUCGAUUACUAACCCGUUCUAACCAUCUGAGUGCAUCUACAGAGACAGAGGAGGCAGAAAUUGCAAUUCACCGGUGCUGCUCAAUUGUAGACGACCACGAUGGGAUGUUUAGAGAAGGAAACCUGGUGUCAUGUGACUCCCGGGUACAGUUUCGAAGCACUGAAAAAAUUAAUGUAAUUAUUAAAGAUCCUUCUGGCAGUUUUACCUCUUUGAGCUUUGAUGACACUGUGGACAAGUGUUCUGCUGGUACUGUAGCAGAAACUCUUAAAGAAGUGGUCCACAUAGACUUAGAUGAUCCGGAUAAGUCUGGUCACGUCUUAAGAGAUUUUCUUGAUCAGCCCAAUGAAAACAUAGAUAUAGUUGACAUCAAGUUUUACGCAAAUAAAUUAGGAAAAGCACUUAACCAUUUCCGGUCAGCUUUGAAAGUUGUGUUUAAUAAGCUGGAAAGUCCAGAUGCUUUCAUGGAAAGUAAAGAUCCUGGGUUUCCAGUUCCCGACUAUGACACUCUGCAACGACUAAACAGUCUCGAAAGUGGCCACUUCAAUGACAGCAUCCCCACACAUUCUAGUAUGAGUAACAGCUACAGCUCCAGCUCCAAUCUGAAAGAAGAUGCCUAUUUUGUGCUCAACAGAGUCCCCUCUCUACCUCAUGAGUCAUCUAUCCCCUCUCUGAUCCUGUCUCCUGAUGUAGACCUUAAUGGCCCCAAAGCAAUCGUCUCUCCCGAGCAGGCACUGGAAGGUAGUGAAAUUUUGGUGGCAAUGAAAGAAGACAAACCUCUAAGACUUGAUCAAGUAUGUGCAGAGACCAUCUACCUGAACAAGUGCAUCAAUAACUUCAAAAAUGUCUUACGGGAGAAGAAGAAGAUGCAGCGAAAGCUCCUGAAAGAUAUUGUUCAAGAAACUUUUUGGGUUUCUGGUGAAGAAGCGAAUGCAGAGUGGCAUAAAGCUGAAUAUCAGACACAAGAUGAUGGGGACCCAUCGAAGCCACCGUGGUUUAAAGGCGGCGGGCCUGCCGGGGGCUUGUAUGGGAUUGACAGUAUGCCUGACCUUCGCAAGAAGAAGCCUAUACCUCUGGUUAGCGAUUUGUCCCUGGUGCAGUCCAGGAAAGCCGGUAUUACCUCAGCUAUGGCCACGAGAACGUCACUCAAGGACGAGGACCUGAAAUCACAUGUGUAUAAAAAGACUCUACAAGCCUUAAUCUACCCCAUUUCCUGCACUACCCCUCACAACUUUGAGAUAUGGACCGCCACAACCCCCACCUACUGCUAUGAAUGUGAAGGCCUGCUGUGGGGAAUAGCCAGGCAAGGAAUGCGCUGCAGCGAAUGUGGCGUCAAGUGUCAUGAGAAGUGCCAAGAUUUAUUGAACGCCGAUUGUCUGCAACGUGCAGCAGAAAAGAGCUCCAAGCAUGGAGCAGAGGACCGCACCCAAAACAUCAUCAUGGCCAUGAAGGAUCGGAUGAAGAUCAGGGAAAGGAACAAGCCGGAGAUCUUUGAUGUCAUCAGAGACGUCUUCAGUGUGGGCAAAGUUGCCCAUGCCCAGCAGAUGAAGACUGUGAAGCAAAGUGUCCUGGACGGCACAUCAAAAUGGUCUGCCAAGAUCACCAUCACAGUUCUCUGCGCUCAAGGUCUUCAAGCCAAGGACAAAACGGGCUCAAGUGAUCCCUAUGUCACCGUACAAGUGGGCAAAACCAAGAAGAGAACAAAGACAAUAUAUGGCAACCUGAACCCCGUGUGGGAGGAGAAAUUCCAUUUCGAGUGCCACAAUUCCUCAGAUCGGAUCAAGGUCCGUGUCUGGGACGAGGACGAUGACAUAAAAUCUCGUGUAAAGCAAAGGCUGAAGAGAGAAUCGGAUGAUUUCCUGGGGCAGACCAUCAUCGAAGUCCGAACGCUGAGCGGGGAGAUGGACGUCUGGUAUAACCUGGAGAAGAGAACAGACAAGUCGGCCGUCUCCGGUGCUAUUCGCCUACAGAUUAACGUUGAGAUUAAAGGAGAAGAGAAAGUGGCGCCAUACCAUGUCCAGUACACGUGUCUGCAUGAGAACCUGUUCCACUAUCUCACAGACAUACAGGGGAGCGGUGUGGUUAAGAUCCCAGAAGCAAAGGGCGACGACGCCUGGAAAGUUUACUUUGAUGAGACUGCGCAGGAGAUCGUGGAUGAGUUCGCCAUGCGUUAUGGGAUUGAGUCUAUUUAUCAGGCCAUGACGCAUUUUGCUUGUCUGUCUUCAAAAUAUAUGUGUCCUGGCGUUCCAGCUGUUAUGAGCACUCUACUUGCCAACAUCAAUGCCUACUAUGCCCAUACUACAGCUUCCACCAAUGUGUCUGCAUCAGACCGCUUUGCAGCCUCCAAUUUUGGGAAAGAACGCUUUGUGAAGCUCCUGGACCAGUUACACAAUUCCCUGCGCAUCGAUCUCUCCAUGUACAGAAAUAACUUCCCUGCCAGCAGCCCGGACAGACUGCAGGAUCUGAAGUCUACAGUGGAUUUACUCACCAGCAUCACAUUCUUCCGCAUGAAGGUACAAGAGCUGCAAAGCCCCCCACGUGCCAGCCAAGUGGUCAAAGACUGUGUGAAGGCCUGCCUGAACUCUACCUAUGAGUACAUAUUUAACAACUGUCACGAGCUGUACAGCCGCGAAUACCAGACCGAUCCGAACAAGAAGCAAGAUUUACCUCCGGAAGAACAAGGACCUUGUAUUAAGAACCUGGACUUCUGGCCCAAGCUGAUCACGCUGAUCGUAUCGAUCAUUGAGGAGGAUAAGAACGCCUACACCCCUGUCCUGAACCAAUUUCCUCAGGAGUUGAGCGUGGGCAAGGUGAGCGCGGAGGUGAUGUGGGGUCUCUUCGCCCAGGACAUGAAGUACGCCAUGGAAGAACACGAGAAGCACCGACUAUGUAAGAGCGCCGACUACAUGAACCUGCAUUUCAAGGUGAAGUGGCUGUACAACGAAUAUGUGAAGGACCUGCCGGUCAUGAAGGAUAAAGUGCCGGAGUACCCAGCGUGGUUCGAGCAGUUUGUCAUGCAGUGGCUGGAUGAGAACGAGGAGGUGUCCCUGGAGUUCCUGCACGGGGCCCUGGAGCGCGACAAGAAGGAUGGGUUCCAGCAGACGUCGGAGCACGCCCUCUUUUCCUGUUCUGUGGUUGACGUAUUCACUCAACUUAACCAGAGCUUUGAGAUCAUAAAAAAGCUUGAGUGUCCUGACCCGGUCAUUGUGGCGCAUUACAUGCGAAGAUUCGCCAAGACCAUCAGUAAGGUUCUACUCCAGUACGCAGACAUCCUCUCCAAGUCCUUCCAGUCCUACUGCUUCAAGGAGAAGCUGCCUUGCAUCCUCAUGAACAAUGUUCAGCAGCUCCGAGUGCAACUAGAGAAGAUGUUUGAAGCCAUGGGAGGAAAAGAGCUGGAUCCCGAGGCCAGUGACACGCUGAAGGAGCUGCAGGUGAAGCUCAACAACGUCUUGGAUGAACUCAGCGCUGUGUUCGGAAACAGCUUCCAGUUCCGGAUCGAUGAAUGUAUCAAGCAGAUGUCAGAGAUCCUGGGCCACGUGAAGGGCACCGGGAACGUGUCGUCCAAUGCCAGGAACACGGUAGCACAGGAUGCAGACAACGUUCUUCGCCCCCUGAUGGACUUCUUGGAUGGAAAUCUGACCUUAUUCGCCACCGUGUGUGAGAAGACGGUCCUAAAACGUGUCCUAAAAGAGCUGUGGAGGGUGGUGAUGAACACAAUGGAGAAGAUGAUCGUCCUGCCCCCCCUCACAGACCAGUCGGGAACCCAAUUGAUUUUCAGCGCAGCCAAGGAGCUGGGCCAGUUAUCAAAGCUGAAGGAUCAUAUGGUAAGAGAAGAGACCCGCAGUCUAACCCCAAAGCAGUGCGCUGUAAUGGAUCUGGCUCUGGAUACCAUAAAGCAAUACUUCCAUGCAGGAGGAAACGGCCUUAAGAAAACAUUCCUAGAGAAGAGUCCGGACUUACAAUCGCUGCGCUACGCCUUGUCGCUGUACACACAGACCACGGAUACACUCAUCAAAACUUUUGUGCAGACCCAGACGGCGCAAGUGCAUGAUGGGAAGGGUAUUAGGUAUACGGCUAAUGAGGACAUUCGCCCCGAAAAGGGCUCGGGUGUUGAUGAUCCUGUGGGAGAGGUGUCCAUACAGAUAGACCUGUUCACACAUCCUGGGACUGGAGAACAGAAGGUGACCGUGAAAGUGGUGGCAGCAAAUGACCUGAAAUGGCAGACGACUGGAAUGUUCCGACCUUUUGUGGAGGUCACUAUGAUAGGUCCUCAUAUGAGCGAUAAGAAGCGGAAGUAUACCACUAAAUCGAAGAGUAACAACUGGGCUCCCAAAUACAAUGAAACCUUUCACUUUAUUCUGGGUAAUGAGGAUGGACCGGAGUGCUAUGAACUUCAGGUGUGUGUGAAGGAUUAUUGCUUUGCCCGUGAAGACCACGUGUUAGGAAUAGCAGUGCUUCAGCUGCGGGACAUUGCUGACAAAGGCAGCUGUGCGUGCUGGUGUCCGAUGGGGCGCCGCGUCCACAUGGAUGAAACCGGACUGACCAUCCUGCGCAUACUCUCCCAAAGGACCAAUGACGAGGUUGCCCGGGAGUUUGUGAAGCUGAAGUCAGAGACCCGCUCUACAGAGGAGGGCAGCUAAACCCAGACAGUGUCCUCUCCUAUGUGCCAAUCCAUUCAGCUCUUGCUGCCUCUGGGUUUCCUGUCCCAAAAGUCGCACAAGUGGACAGGAGCGGGCGGCGAGCUGCGCAGAUUAUUUAUUUUUGUGUAUUGCCUGACGCCGCAGGAAACCUUCAGUAAGCAGAAGGCAUCUGGUGUCCUGUACAUAAGAUAUUUAUAUGAAGUGACUCCUAUUCUGUCCUCGAAGGUGCAGUUGGGUCCUGGACAUCCCGGCUCGGUUGCCGGCGCCUGCUGAUCUAUUUCCAUGACUGUUAAGGCCACGAGUCACCGCCGGCUGUGGUGCCGGACCGUGCUGCGCGCAGACUUGGAGGUCAGUCCUCGUUUAAGGCGCAGGCACAUGGAUUGUGGGUCACAUGGCAGCUGGGAUCAACGCGCCGCAGAUCCCAGUCUCAUCCGCCAUCUUCUUAUCACCUUGCGAUACACUAUGUUUGUCUUUUUUAUUUAACCUAUUUAAGAAACGUGUCAGUUUUAAAAGUUACAUCGUUUUUACUGCUUUGUAACUUUCCACCUUUAGAAUUCUAUUUUAUUGUUUUUCAUAUUUUUUUGCAUUAUUAGGCGGUUUAGUAAUUUAGUCUGUAUUAUUGAUGAUGCACCUUUUAAGGGAGAAAGUGUUACGAUUACUAGAUAUAUAUAUAUAACGUGCCAUAUAUCGCUUGGCUGGUGCUCCGCAACUAACGUCGGUUUUCUUACAGCUAAAAGGUGGAUAUUUUUUUUAUAUAUAUUAUAUUAUAUUUUGCACUAAUUUGGGGUUGAAGUGUCUGCACUCAGCACUAGAUCCACCAUGGGUGAGAAGAACAAGACACGACGUGGAUGGAGAACGUUCCUUCUAUCGUUGUAUUACAAGGUGUACUCCCAGUGUGGCUGCUGAGUUGCCUUCAACAAUACAUCCCCCUCCUCUGUAAUUUACAAUGUACAGACAUAAGAAGCCCCCAAUCCUCCUCCCUAGGUAUGUUAUGUUCAUUGCUGCUCCUGCCAAGACCACAGCUCUUCCCCGGUGCUGCAUGUACAGCGUAACAGCCGCCAUGUUGGGGACAACUUUUCGGUGAGAAUAUAAUGUAGACUCUAUAUCGUAUGUGCCAUUGUCACCGACCACAUAGCUCAGCCCUAAAUAAAGAUCUUUAUUGCAGCAUC